GGCGAAGUGCGUGCCAUGCGCACGCGGGAUCUGACGUUUUCCCCCGGAAGUCUCGCGGGAGGAUCUGCCCCGGGGCGGAGCGGAAGCGGCCAGAAAGAGAGAGAGGAGAGGCAGCUCCACCGAGGAGAGGGUGAGACCGGGAUACCGGAGGGCGGGGGGGCUCGCUGGGUGUCAUGGAUACUGGGGGGCAGAGCGGGGGGGCAGGAAGAGGACCUGGGGGGAUGACGGCUCCCAGCAAUGUGUCAGAGGAGCUAUUCUGGGAAUGGGCAGUAUGGGAGGGUAAUGCAUGGAUCAGGGGGGACAGACAGCUGUCUGACAUCCCAGGGGGGUGGGCAAUGCCAGCAUCUCAAUCCAAGGAGGGGCAAUAUCCAGGGGGUGGGUAAUGCCAGCAUCUCAAUCCAAGGAGGGGCAAUAUCCAGGGGGUGGGUAAUGCCAGCAUCUCAAUCCAAGGAGGGGCAAUAUCCAGGGGGCAAAUGCUAGCAUCUCAAUCCAAAGGAGGGGCAGCAUAGAGAGGCAAGUAAAUGCCAGCAUCCCCAAUCCAAGGAGGCAAGGUCCAGGGGCAACACAGCAUCCCAAUCCAAGGAGGGCAAUAUCCAGGGGCAAUGCCAGCAUCUCAAUCCAAGGAGGGGCAGCAUACUGGGAGCAAUGCCAGCAUCCUCAAUCCAAGGAGGGGCACAUCCAGGGCAAUGCCAGCAUCCUCAAUCCAAGGAGGGCAAUAUCCAGGGGUACGCCAGCAUCUCAAUCCAAGGAGGGGCAACAUACAGGGGGGGCAAUGCCAGCAUCUCAAUCCAAGGAGGGGCAGCAUACAGGGGGGGCAAUGCCAGCAUCUCAAUCCAAGGAGGGGCAACAUACAGGGGGGGCAAUGCCAGCAUCUCAAUCCAAGGAGGGGCAGCAUACAGGGGGAGCAAUGCCAGCAUCUCAAUCCAAGGAGGGGCAACAUACAGGGGCAUGCCAGCAUCUCAAUCCAAGGAGGGGCAGCAUACAGGGGGGCAAUGCCAGCAUCUCAUUCCAGGGGGGGGCACAUUGUCCUGUGUGCUGGACCCCCAUGGCAGACAUUAAUGGGGGGGGUGGGAACAUUUUAAGCUCAAUGAGACCAGCUGUAAUGUGAAUAAACAAGAUUUAUCUCUUAUUUAAUGUUUUGUUGUGUAAGUCAUAAUAUUGGGGGGGGGGGGAAUGUAAGCAUUCAAGGCUAAAUGAACAGACCCAACGAAUAAGAUGGGCCCCCGGCUGAGUAUAAGGAAUAUUAUUCUUCUCCGCUUUGCUAAUAUGUUGAAAAUGUAGUUCUUCUCGUUUGUGUAAACCGGUAACUGGUUGACAAACUCUCUCUACAUGCAAAUUUCUAAAGGAAAAAUAGAAUAAGCUAUUAGUGUCCUGCUUGUUGUUGAGAUCCUUUUGUUUCUUUUUCUUCUCAAUGAGGAAAUUCUGAGGAAGAAUGGGGGAAACUAUAGCGAGACGCUGAUGCACGCUAGGUCAUGGGGUAGGCAACUGUUGGCACACCAGGUGUUGUGGACUACAGCUCUCUUGAUGCUUUGACAGUAUUAUAGCUGUAAGAUCAUUAUGGGAUAUGUAGUCCACAAUGUUUGGGGUGCCGACGGUUGCUUCCGCUCUGCUCUAGGUGGUGCAGAUGCUGUGAAGAAUGUAGGUCCACCUUGCGUCCUGUAGAGAAUUGAAAAAGAAUCUAAGAUGGUAUGCAUUGCCAAAAAUAUGAGCUGCAAGUCUAGCUUUAGUGAUUAAAGAAUUAGAUUAAAAGAGAUUGACCCCUGUAUCGGGGGAAGCACUCAGUUUGGAACAUGCAAUCCCUUUUGUGAUGUUACCAAUCCACUCGAGAGAGGGCUAUUCCUGUUAUGUGGUAGAAGAUUUCGAAAGGCUGACUAAUAUUGUGGAUCGAGGUGAAGAAUCAGCCUAAGGAAACCAGGACCAAUGGUAGAAACAAACCCAGCUGUUGUGAUUUGAAGAAUUAGAUUGGGGAACAUUGACCACCUUUGUGCAGUGUAUAUUUGAGAAACUGAUUACAAUGAUUGUCUGGAGAAUCGGAUUGGGAGCUGCCAACCCCUUUAUUACAGGCUGGAGAAAAAAAAAAUCUACUGUGUUUGUGGGCUGGAGAAUUGGUUUUGGAGAACAACCGACCAUCCCUUGUAUUGUGGGAUGGGGAAUCAGAUUGGUAGAAACCAACCUCCCCACCAAUUGUGGGUUGGAGAAUAAUAUUGUAGAAGCUGACUACUUCCACAUUUUGUGGGUUGGGGAAUCAGACUGAAAACCCCAUCCUCUCCCCUAACCUCUCUUUGGAUGAAACAUUGGGAAGGGAAUGUUUGAGAAUCUGAGAUGUAAAGGUUAGCUCGGGAAUGGAUAAUAUGAUAGAAUAAGUAUAAAAACUGUUCUCCAAUUGAGAACUUCUUUUAGUCCGUGACCUUUCUGGUGGGACUGGAAACUUGAUUGGAAGACUCCAACUGCUGUGGUGUGAUUGAGUUUUUGACAGAGGUGUUGAUCAGGAAAUGCCAACCUCCAUGGUGGAAUCAAUAUUUUUAUAGUGAGUGGCAAACUUGUGUAGUUAAAUGGACAUUUUGAUAGUGAGAGGCUGGACUUUGUCGUUUGAAAAUUUAGAUAGUCAGAGACUAACCUUGUUGGGAUGGAAUAAUACAAUCCGCAUGUGCCAAACUCUAGGGUGAGAUGAAGCAUGUUAAAGGUAAAAGCAAAUUGCAGUGAUAAGCAGAUAAUUUUCAAGGGACACUAAACAACUCAUCCAGACCACGUCAGUGCAGUAGCCCUGUCAUUUUAACUGUGCAAUGUAAGUAAGACAUUGCAGUUAGUCUCACCUGCCUGAACCUUUCUUACAUUUGUCCACUAAGUUAGGGGUAUUUCUUGGAGCUCCCUCCUUAAUCACAUUGGGCAUAUUUUGUGUUAAUUUUGCAUUAUAAUUUUUUUGUUUUGCACAUGUUGUAUAGGCCACAGAGUGAACACAAAGCUCCUAUAUCAUUCAAUUGGAAAUUAAUGUGUUAUUAAAGGGACACUGUAGUCACCAGAGCAACUAUAGCUUAUUGUAUUUGUCUAAUGAGCAUAAUAAGUCCCUUCAGGACUGCCCUUUCAGAGAAAAUCCUGUGUUUACAUUACAGCCUAGGGAUAACUCCAUUGGCCACUCUUCAGACAGCUAUUAGAGAUGCUUCCUGUGGCAGCGCUGCACGGUGUGCAACACUGCCAUUUAGUGUCUCCACCCUCUCCAUGGAGACACUGAAUUUUCCUGAUAGUUUAAUUAAUUUAAUGCAUCUCUAUGAGGAGAUGCUGAUUGGCCAGGAAUGUGUUUGGCUUGUGCUGGCUCUGGCCUGAUCUGCCUCCUGGACAGUCUCAGCCAAUCCUUUUGGAAAGCAUUGUGAUUGGCUUAGAGAAUCACGUCUGAUGUCAGUCAAGCUGGCAUAUCAGUGGCAGAGCCAGCAGCUGCAGGCUUGAACAAAAGUAAGAUUGUACAAUAUUUAGGAGGGCAGUGGGACUAAUGCUGGUUUUAACACUAUAGGGUCACGAAUACAUGUUUGUGUUCCUGACCCUAUAGUGUUACUUUAAUGUAAAAUGGGCGCAUUCUCUGGAUAUUUGUUCAUUUAAUGCAUUUGACUGCUAUUUAAUCUUCUCAUAUUUGCAAUGCUUUGCAUCACCUGCAAAAAUACAAAAUAUAAUAAAUUGCCAUUUUUUUGGAGGGGGUGGGAGGUUGUGUGUAUUUAAAAGGAUAAUAUUUACAUUACAGGGCUAAAUCCUGUUCCACUCAUCCUUCCCGACGUCAUCAUGGACAAUGCAUGUUCAAUCCAAUGCUCCUCAUCAGUGGGUACUAGGUGUGUGCAGUGAGUGUCUUUAAACACUUCUCAAAAGAAAUCAUUGAAUUAAUGCAGUAGUUGCUGUGUAAGCACCUGAGGUGUCUGCCUGGAAGACAUCCAGUAGAGAAAGAUGUGUUUAACUCAACAGUGUAAACAAUGCAGUUUCUACAAAAUUGCAGGUUUAAAACUACAAGACCACUGCACUCAAACCACUUAAUUGAGAUGAAGUGGUAUGGGUGCAUUUUUUGGCCCUUUUAAAGGGACACUAUAGUCACCAGAACAACUACAGCUUAUUGAAUUUGUUCUGGUGAGUAAAAUCAUUACUUUCAGGCUUUUUGCUGUAAACACUGUCUUUUCAGAGAAAAUGCAGUGUUUACAUUACAGCCUAGUGAUAACUUCACUGGCCACUCCUCAGAUAGCUGUUAGAGAUCCUUUCUGGGUCAUGGCUACCUAAACUGCAUCCAAACAUUCAGUGUCUCCUCCCUCUGCAUGCAGACACUGAACUUUCCUCAUAGAGAUUCAUUGAUUCAAUUCAUCUCUAUGAUGAGAUGCUGAUUGGCCAGGGCUGUGUUUGAAUCAUGCUGACUCUGCCCCUGAUCUGCCUCCUUGUCAGUCUCAGCCAAUCCUAUGGGAAAGCAUUGUGAUUGGAUCAGGCCACCACUUCUGAUGAUGUCAGGGGAAGUUCACAGGCAGAGGCAACAGCUUCAGACUUGAAUACAAGUAAGAUUUUACUAUCUUUAGGGAGGCAAGGGGGCUAGAUAGUAGUUUUAACACUAUAGGGUCAGGAAUACAUGUUUGUGUUCCUGACCCUAUAGUGCUCUUUCAAGGACUUAGAUAGUGUGUGGGUAUUCGGAGAUGGAGGUAGUUUCCGAUUUAUCUGGAUAACAUGCAAAAGCUUUGCUGAAAGAGUUACUCCAACCCUUUCUCAGAGGCUUUUUUAAUGACAUUUUUUAAUUUAUAAUGCCCUGUUGAGCAGUAGUCACGUUAUCCUCCCUGCCCCUAAUUUUAAUUUAAAAGCCUGUAAAAUAAGCAUUAACGUACCAGGAAUCCAGAACCAGGUGAAGUUCUCCUCGAUGGUUGCCCUGUCCAUCGACAUUCUACGUCACUGUUUCCCUCUCUGAGUUCCAGUCCACUGCUUCUCAUAGAGAACCAUUUGAUUUGACCAUACACUCUGAGCAGAGAUAGAGGGAGUGGUGGGCAAGGAGUAAAGAUUUAAAGAACAGGGGGAGGGAAGAAACGCUAGGCAAUGUAGCGACGCAGAAAAGAAAUGGGUCGUAGAUUAGAAGCUGAUAUAUCUGUUGCAGAUGCGCGUUGAUGACAGACAUCUUCUUUGCACAUUAGGACACAUUAGGCAGCCCAGAACAGAGAUGCAGGCUGUCAUUCACUUGUGCUAGGCAUUUAACCAGACUCCGAGCAAAAGUGAAGAUUGCGCUGUAUGUACAGCAGUUCAAGCUGAAAUGCUUUAUAUUCAGAUUGCUUACUCUGUGUUCCACCUCUAAAAGCAGAAGUUGUGAAAAAGGUUGGAAUAACUCUUUAAGUUUAAAUGAUCAAUUGAAAUUUCAUAGCUGGCCUGUCUUCACUAAAGAGAGGCAGACUGGGAAAUGGAAUGCUUGCAUUCAGAAUGUCAUUUGGUGUAGCUGUGCCGAAUUGUCUGUUGUAUUGCAUUAAUCUGAGAAUUAUUAUUAGAGCAACAACAGAUUUUGUGUAUGGAAAAGAAAAGGGCUGAGGAAGUAGUGUAAAAUUCUGAUUACGAAAGAGUGUGAAGGCAUUGAGAGAGGAACUACUCAUUGUGGAUGAAUGAGACUGAUUAAUUGGAAAUUUAGAAAUUACUGCUGGGGGUGAGGAAGUAUGCAAGUGUUUUGUUUUUGUAACCCCUUAAGGACCAAACUUCUGGAAUAACAGGGAAUCAUGACAUGUCACCCAUGUCAUGUGUCCUUAAGGGGUUAAACUAGUCAUCUUCAUUUGAGAGACUUGGCAAUUUGGGAGAGAAUAUUGCUUGUCGUUUGAAAACAAAAUGCUGUGAAAUCUGUGGCACAGAGUUGUUUUGCAAACUCUAGUCCUCAAGUCUACCAUUUUUAUAUAUUUUUGAUACCAACUGGCCUAUCCAAAAUCACUGCUUAACUUAUGAUUAAAAGUACAUUUUUAAUACAAUUGUGAAACUACAGUUUAUUGAAUUUGUUCUGGUGAGUAGAAUCAUUACCUUCAUUCUUUUUGCUGUAAACACUGUCUUUUCAGAGAAAAUGCAGUGUUUACAUUACAGUCUAGUGAUAACUUCACUGGCCACUCCUUAGAUGGCUGUUAGAGAUCCUUCCUGGGUCAUGGCUGCCUAAAAUGCAUCCAAGCAUUCAGUAUCUCCUCCCUCUGCAUGCAGACACUGAACUUUCCUCAUAGAGAUUCAUUGAUUCAAUUCAUCUCUAUGAGGAGAUGCUGAUUGGCCAGGGCUGUGUUUGAAUUGUGCUGGCUCUGCCCCUGAUCUGCCUCUUUGACAGGCUCAGCCAAUCCUAUGGGGAAGCAUUAUGAUUGGAUCAGGCUACCACCUGUGCUCAUGUCAACAGGCAGUGGGCAGGUCAAAAGGAAACCGGGACAAAGCCUGCAGCUUCAGGCUUGAAUACAAGUAAGAUUUUACUAUUAAGAGAGAAGCAUGAGAGGGACCAGGGGGCUAGAUGUUGGUUUAAACCCUUUAGGGUCAGGAGUACAUGUUUGUUCCUGACCCUAUAGUGCUCCUUUAAAACAUAACAUGUUUAAUGCUGAAGGAAAUGACUGUACCAUGGGACUCCAGACACCAUAACCAGUUUAAAGAGAAGCAGCAGACACAGUGUCCCUUUGAAUUUUCCCGUUACUGAAUAGCCCUGCUAGUCAUAUGCUGAUUUCUAAGCAACACCAGGGUGGUGGAAGACCUUUGUGUUUCUGUUAAGCCAUUCUUCAUUGCUUUGACUAGCAUGGGAGGGCGCCAAGACACUUCUGGCACCAUAAGCACUACAGUGGGCUGUGGUGGUUAUAGUGCUUGGUGUGUUCCUUUAAAAUUCUGCACUCAGAAAACAAGUUCGUUCCCAAAAUACCUAUUUAGAUAAAAAAAGGAAUGUUAUAUUGUUUCCACUUUUAUCUUUAGACAUUAUUGCGCUUGUUAAUUGGUAAACUGAUCAGUGAAUAGUAGAAUAGAAAGUAUUAAAGUAAAACUCAGCCACAUAAAUAAAUGUAAGGUUAUGAGACUGAAAUUAACCAUUGUCUCUUGGGAGGCUUUAUUUAGCGUGUGCAAUGACAAAGUAUAACCUUGCAAACAUACAUAUAUAAUGUUAGCAUGCACACACAUGCAGAGGAAAUGAAUGCACAGUAAAAGGUAAUGUGUGCACAUACACCAAAACCAAAUGUUUGAAUCCGCAAACAUAGCGGAGGUUGCGAAAACAUCGGAUGGAUACAAUGACCAUCAGUAAUAAAACCAAUCGAUCAUGAGACCUGGACCUUCAACUAUCUCUGCUACAAAUACACAGAAACACAAGGCCCCUUAGAGUAAAUGUUGCAGAACGCUAUAUCCUGAUCUUGCAGUCUGUGGUUUGGUAGGCCCCGAAAUUCAGCUGUAGGAAGGGUUAUCAACGCACACAAGUAAAGUGGCACUUUGCCUCUAAUAUAUCCAAAUAGCUUUGGCAUCGGUUUUCAAUUAAAUCCAUUUUGGAUCUAGAAGGCAGUUAAAGAGGUCAUCCCAAUGGGAUUCAGGAAAGCAGAGAUCACACAACAGAGAGGACGUACUGGUAAAUGCUUUCAGGUCAGAUAGCUUUUUAUCGGAUACCCAAAGGUUAACAAGAUUGGGUUAACUCCACUGUCCAGCUGGGGACAGGAACAGCUCUUGCUUAUUCUUCAGAUUAUUCAAUUUUGGGACUGCAACAAAUGGGGAUUUUAUUUGUUAUUUAAGAUGUACUAUGUUUUGGGUGGGUGUUUGUAUGUCAAGUUGUUAAAGAUAAAAUGUCACCUGGAAAUCAUUGGAACCGAUAUAUAAAGGUGUGUGUGUAUAUAUAUAUAUAUUGCUUACAAUAUGCUAUUCGCCAGGUAAUGUCUGUCCUGCGUGUUGGGCAAUAUGAAUUCCACAUCCCUGAAUAUAAAUGUAUACAUUUACUGUUUUUUUGUUUUCAUUCUGCUGUGUCAAUCUUGUUUACUAUUUUCCUAAGUGAGAAUCAUGCUAUGGGGCACUCUCUAAACAAUAUUAAUUUACCUUGAGUGGUCUGUUAAUGAUAUUACCAUAACGUCCCGGGUCAUGCUUUAUCUUGCUGCCAUCUUUUGACUGAUAAUGUCUUGUCCAUGCUCUCUUAGUGACGAAUAAUAUCAAUAACAGUUUUUAUUUGAUUUUUUUCCCCUCUCUCCCAGACAGGAAGAGUAACCUCUCUGUGUAGUCUAGGGAGCUAUGUUGCAUGACUCUAAUUUUAACUCCUCAACUGCUGUGGCAAUAAAACUCUAUAUCAAGCAAUGUGUAAUAUAGGUUUGUUCUUAUGUGGUUCUUGCCAUACUUCUCAAUAUUGCUGUGGAUUAUCAUUUGCAGUUAGGAAAGAGGUGAAAUGUCCUACCUGGCUCUACUAGGCAGCUAGCAAUCGUAUGCCGAGCAUUCAGUUUAUACAUAAAAAAUGCCCCCUGGAACCCACUGUGAUGGCAGUGUCAGACAAGAUCAGAUGUUUAGUUUAACACACACCCCCCCCACACUCUUUGAAAAAAGUACCGCAUUGCUGGUCCUCAUUCUCCAAAUAUCUCCAGUCUAUCUUUACUAAUACAUUUCCAAUGGAAUGUCCAUUAUCUAUAAUAUGAUUAGAUUGUGGGGACUAAAAAUCCGAUUGUCAUAGUCGUUAUAUAAAAUACACGGCACAGUAAUUUUAUUUUGUCCAUAGCACUCGCUGAGACGAUAUUCUCACACUGCCCACAGCAUUUGCAUGUUAACAGUUGCAUUCCCACACUGCCAAAUCAUUAAAACAACUUGUUACAUCUGUGAUUUAUUUUACAUCUUACUCAUGCUAUUCACACGCAUCUACAGCGUGCCGAUUUUACACCAAGCAUUCACGUACUGCAGAAUCAUUAACACUAAAUACAGUACCCAUAGCAUUCAUAGAUUACAUACACCAUUCCUAUUUAAAUUCUAUACCAAGCAUUCACAUGCUGCUAAAUCAUUAAAACCGCCAAUAGCACAGAUAGUAUUCACAGCUUACUCUUCCCAUUCACCGGCUUCCAGUAGCAUUUCAAUUCUCUGCCUAGUCAAAAUCUAUCUCCAGUACUCACACAUAGAAGACUACCACAUUGGAAGCAUUAUCACACCCUAUACAGAAUUCGCACAAAGCCAUCACACACUGCAUAAAAAAAACUCUCUGACUACACUAUCCGCACAAACUACAGACAUUCAGACACUACAAACAUGCAGUGACACAGAAUUGUUUGUUUUUGGAUGUGGGUCAAUAUCGUUUCACCAUCUAUAAACGGUUUUCUUAUUUGUCUAAUUAACAAAGGUCAUUCAUUCUCUAACCUAGUGACAUAACAGAUCUGGUGCCUUUAAGAAAUGUCACAGCGAGAGAUCAAGUGCUCCCUUUAUAGAUAUGUGAUUAGUGUACGAGGAAGUAAAAAGGCAAAAUAGGUAUUUGGAAUCAUAGAAUAAGGAAAUGAGCUAAGUUUGUUUUAAAAGGAUUAACAAGCUUCAGUGGGUUGCCUGAACAUUCUAAGGCAAGUUGUCUCAGAAUAGGAUCUAUUGCCACAUCAUAUUAUCAGUACUGCUACAUUUUGCAAUUCUGUAGUUAACAGGAUGACGGUUGCAAACUAAACCAUGAAUACGCAGGAAAUUGCCAGGAACGUGGCAAAUUGUAGACAAAAAUAGAUGGUCUGGAGUUAUAGCUGACUUGGGUAAUUUUACAAGUUGGUUAUGUUGGUCUAAAAUUUGUGGCUCCCCAAUAAAUUCCAGACAAGUUCCGUGACAAUGAAUUACUCUGGUGAUUAGGAUUUCUUUAAAGUGGCUAUUUCACCAUCUUGGGUCUUUGCGUAAUUUGCAAAUACCUCUGACAGUGACAUCACAGCUGGGGGUCAGAUGGCCAUAGGGGGGCUGGGAAAGGUGAUAACUUGCUUGAAUGAGUUCCCAGCAGGAGCCACCAUUCACUUCGAUCCAGCCCCAUUGCGCUAAAGCUGCCAGGAGCCGACGUCAGCGCUGCACUCUCGUGCAUGUCUACAGCAUUGAGGCCGAAUGAUCCUCCAUAGAAAGCAUUUUCCCCUACAACCACCUCUAGUGAUGGCUGGGGAAAAUGACAUGCUUGAGGAAAAGCUGGGGGAAAAUAUCUUUGACUGGGUUGGAAUUUCAGUGAAAUUAUAGCAAUCAAUUGCUGAGUAUUUCAGAAAGAUGCCUUUAUGAAAUACUCAUUUUUGAUAUGGGGUUGACAGAUGCUCUAACUACUGUUACUAAACAAUUUAUUGCCUCUUUUUUUUUCUAGUUUAGAUAGUGCACAUCAAGCAGUUCCUCUUUGGAUGGGUAAUUUUCCACCCACGUUUUCUCACUAUAAUAACCAGUUUAUGUAUUCCUGACUCUAAAGUGCAAAACCCACCAUUUAUUUCCAGCGCCACGCUGGUCCACCGGCACUGGUUUCGCCCCCCUGGUGACAUCCGAAUUGAUGAUUUUUAGCCAAUCCAAUGCCAUUGGGAAAGCAUUGGAUUGGCUAAAAUUGGCGCGGGGGGGAGGGGGGAGACACUGUUUUGGCCAAUCAGCACCUCUUCAUAGAGAUGCAUUGAAUCAGUGAAUCUCUAUGAGGGAAAUUUAGCGUCCCCAUGCAGAGCGUGGAGACGCUGAAUGGCAGUGCUGCCUACUUUGCUGCACUGAGCCAGGAAGCCCCUCCAGUGGCCAUCUGAGGUGUCCCUAGGGGCAAGGCAGUGUUUGCAUGAAAAUGCCUGAAGGCAAGCUGUAGUUGUUCUGGUGAAGAUAGUGUCCCUUUAAAAAUUGUACAGUUCUCAAUUCGUUGCCCUAUGUAAACUUGGUCAAAAUGACUUCUGGACUGAAAUGGUUAACUGAAUGUGUUCACCUCUUUCGGAGGAAGUGAGAGUUGCCUCAGUCCAACAUUUUAAAAAAAUUUUUUUUUUUUUUUAAAGGGUAGUACAUUAUUAUUUUUUUUAUUAGAUUAUUGUCUAUCUAUUGAUUGCUGCUAUUGAGUUUCUAAGCAUUUGCUAUUAUCAGCAAGAAAUAAAAGCUUCUGUAAUUCUAUCAGCAUUUCUUUCAUUGAUAGAACAUUUAUAACAGUGUUUUGUCCAUGAUCCCUCUUAGUUGCUGAAUGGAAGCGAUUCUGUUAUGGCAGGGCUGAAGUGCUCUGUGCUUUAUUUCUACAAUGAUCUAGAUGAGAGCUUACCACUAGCCAGUGGCUAGUUAAAUUUUAACUGUGUAGUCGACAUUCUCUCCUGGUGCAUGGAGCCUCCAGGCUUCCAGUAGAAUAGAACAUGAAAUUUUAAAGGGUCACUCCAGACCCCUAAACAACUGUAGCUUGCUGAAAAGUUUUAUGUGUAAAAUGUGUGAUCUAUUUUUUUUUCUUUUCAUUUUGCAAAAAGUGGAGCUUUCAAUAGAAAUUUACAUUUUUAUAAAUUAACCUCAUUACACCCCUUUGGCUUUCAAGCAGACAACAGGUAAUGUUACUUCCUGGUUUGUUUAGCUCAGUGCAACUGAUCUCAAGAGGCAGCAAUUGCCUAGAGCACCUGACAUACAAAGCCUUCUCAUUGAGCUGUAUUGGGAUGUCUGUGAUUGGACAGCAACAGAAAGUCUGGGCGGGGUUAGAAGGAGGAGGGGGAGGGCUUGUUAAGGCUGCAGACACUAGAUCUGCAGAUUUUGCAGGCUGUUUUUAUAUAGAACUCCAAUGAAAAAAUACAUAAUUAAAUGCAUGCAAGUUGUCAUUUUGUGUUAUAUCAACUAAACAGUGAUUUUGAUGUAUUUUGUAUUUGGGCAGUGGAGUGCCCCUUUAAGCCGUGACCAAGACAGAAUGUUAACAAAAGCGCAGGUUUUAGCUAAAGUGAAUUUAAAAUUAAAGCCAAAAUAGCUUGAUUUGAAAAUAAACUUCAAGUUAGCUAUGCUUCCAGUCCAGCUAUUUUUGGCCUUCUCUUUGAAAUUUACUUUAAAUUCUCACUCUAGUGAAUAGAAUAGCCCUUUUAGUUUAGCCUUCCGUCCCCCUCAAAAUGUUUUAAAAAAAAUAAAUAAAUGGCUUCCACCAAAAAUCCCGCACAGCCAUUGACCCUGAAAUGACACCUAUUUAAUGUAGAAUAUUACCUGUCGUAUGUGGGUAGGCAACUGCAAGUGGUUUCAUUUUAGAGGAAGUAUACAUAAUUUCACCCACCAGCACAAUCUAUAGGUUGAUCACUUACAUGUUUUGUGGAAGACAAUUAAUUUGAUAUUUCAGAAGCCAGUAAUUCAUACUAAGGCCGCUAAUGGUAUUAUCAAAUCUUAUCAGUAGACCUAAAGCAAGCUUAUAUUGCCGCAGCUUCCACGUUGACAGAUGUUUUUCAGAAAGCAUUCCCUCUCAUUGUUAAGCACUUGAGCCUUCAUCAUACCUGUCCCCUUUCCUCCACUGACUGCUUACUCCAAUAUACCCAUUAUCAGCUCCUCUGUAAGCCCAGUCUUUCUUUUGUGCUACACCUGGUUCAUAUCUCAUAAAAAGUAGGCUUUCUUUGUAUACGCACACAUAUAUUUAAAGGUCAAUGGAAACUCCUCAUAAGGAAGUAUAAGUAUUAAAAUGAGGUUUGUAUAAAAUGUUUGCGGUGUUAAAUAAGUUUGCCAUAUAAUAGGGGUUAGAAUCAUAAGUAUGAGUGUGCUGCGGGAGUGUUGAAUUAAAGGAACACUGCAUCCCUAAUGCUAUUGUGGUGUUCUAUGCAUUUAGUUUAAGACCCCCAUGUCUAAUUAAAAAUGGUUUUGCUCACCUUUUAUCACACAUCGCGAUGCAGUCCCAACAGCUGCUCUGUUCGCUUCGCACAACAUCACAGUGACUCUUGUCUCUCAUCCAAUGCAAUGCUCCUCAUAGAGGUGCAUUGGGGUGCGAAAAGCACAUGUAUGGCCAUUGCUGUGCUCCUCCAAUCAAAUGGAGGUUAGCUGUGAGUUUGACUCUGUUCUCCUAGAGGAAGCACCUCUAUGCAGGAAGACAUUUAAUUCUGCAAUAUUAGCAUUGCUGCAUCUACUUAAAGCAAUAUGCUUUACAUAGCAGGGGUAAAUCUAGAGGACAACUGAACUCAGGCCACUUCAUUGAGAUGACAAGAUCCGGGUGCUUUUAGUGGUCCUUUAAAUUUUUUAUAAAUUAUUUUUGGACUGUAGUAGGCUUGUCGUUAACGGCACAUGAAUGUGUUUACUAAUAAUGACCUUUUCAGACACUGAUAAUUCUGAGGCUGUUUUUUUUUUUUAAUUUUUUUAGAGGCGUUAUCUGUCUUUUUAAUAAACCCUUUCAAAGCAAAUGUUACUGUGCUAUAUAGUAGCAUGAUUACGUCUAUUUCUGAAUCGGCUCCAUAGCAACAGAUCCAUACUGAUAAAUACAUAAUGGGAGCAGUCCCUAUGAGCAAUCCUGUAUUUUUAUAUGGUAUUUGCAGUGUAUUGAAGGCACACGUUAGGGCUUAUUUGAUCCUUCCGCACACCCUCCUGUUUAUAUAUUAUAUAGUUAACACAUUAUAUCUAAUGACUUAUUUGAUCUGCCUCGUCUUCAGUCAUCUUUAACAAGCAAGUGUCAGAGCUCUCUCCACGCAUCCCCGAUCUUACAUUUAUUCCGAUGCGCUAAUUACCCCGUACAAGCAGGAAAAAAAAUUACACAAGCAGCUGCCUUGCACAUGUGUUCACUUAUCAUUUAUUUCUGUUUUAAAAGCGUUUCCUGUUGGAAGUGAGAGAGAGUGGACGAAACUACAUUAACAAGAGUGCCUACCCUCCUCCCCAGUUCAUUUCAAAUAAAAAAAUUUGGCCUGCUUUGCUGUAUAAGACGCAGUCCCCCCCUUAGACUUGCAUUCAGUAGCGGUUUCAUAGACAAGACCCAUACACCACAAUAAUCCGUAAGUCUCUGAAGAAUCCCUGCCAAGGACAAGAUUGAAUACAAUUUAUUUAAAUCAUUUUUCCAAUACCGUUUUUAUUGUGAAUGUCAGAUGGAAAUAAUAUAUCAUUCUCCAAAGUUUGUGAAUAAUGAGCAGUUAUACAGUUGACAUAGCAAUGGAAAUACAGCAUUUUGGACAUUUUUAAAGUGGACCGGUCAGCAUGCUAACAUUGCGAUACUUCCAUUCUCGAUUUUUCUCAGUAAAAAAUAUUGAAUUGUUAACCGAGACGAGCAGCAAAUGUAAGAAUAAAACACAUGCCUUUGCAGGCCCUUCUGGAUAAUGACACUCCGUGCUUUGUAUGCCAGCUUGGGUAUUGCAUUUUAGAUAAAUACUGUAUACACAUAUAAGAACUAUAUUUAUUUUCAUUUUGGUUGUUCAAAGAAUAUGAGAGGUAGACCGUUUCUCUUUAAGAUGUGUCCAUCAUGUUGCAAAUUGUUGGUUGGCAACUGUCACAUAAAUUGUUUACAAAUUGUAGGCCUCUAAACUAAUGCAACACAUUUCCUGAUGGUGCACAGCUGUAUUGGACUGUAAAACGUUACAUUAUGUGCUACGGUGCUGUGGAUUUAAAGGGACACUAUAGGCAUCCAGACCACUUCAGCUCAUUGAAGUGGUCUGGGUGCAGUGUCCCUGUCCCCCUUAUUCCUGCAAUGUAAAACAUUGCCGUUUUUAAAGAAACUGCAAUCUUCACUAUGCAGUGCUAAGACUGCCUUUAUUGCCUGUCUACCAGACAGCCAAUAGAGGGGCUUCCUGUACUUUCACGGGGUUCGGGUGCUUUGUAUGAGAACGUCCAGCAUCUUCUAAAUCCCCAUAGAAAAGCGAUGCUUUCCUAUCGGGAGAGCCUAAUGCAUGAGUAGCCUGACCCAAUGCCGAGGAACAUGGGCGCUGGAAUUAGGUAAGUAACCGAAAGGGUUUUUUAAUCCUGUCAUGGAAGGGGAGGGGAGGCCUGCGCAGGCAGAGGGACAUUUUAGUGUUAGGAAAACAUCUUUGUAUUUCUAACACUAAACUGUUCAUUUAAUGCAUUGUUCUGGGAGUGUCUUCCUUGACUUGUUUUAUACGCUCUUUGAUAAGAUAAAGGAGUUAGGUUCCAGUAAUGAUCCGUUGUUUUACCUGUUCUUGAAGGGUUAGGAUAGGACGAAUUAGGGAGACUCUUCAUGUUAGAUUUUAUUUAUUCUUAAUAUUUUAAGAGCAAUAUUUAACGUACUCACAUUUUAAUUUGCUGGCAAAUACAAUGCUGCGCGGCUUGUACUGUAUGCUAUCGGCAAACCAGAAAGUGACUCAACCAGUCAUGCUCACUUGUAUAUCUGUUGCACUGCUUGGCUUAUCGCGUAAUUACAGGAAUAAUAAAGUUUUCUGUGAGUUGUAUGUGCUUUCAUUGUUCAGUAAUCACACAUAGCAUUGUAAUGCCCUGAUACGUGUAUUAAAGAGGAACUGUCAGUUCUGUGGAAGAAACCGUUCCUUCAGCCCGGUAACUGCUAUUGCAGCGUUUGCUGGAGUGACGACACAGCAAAAGUAAGUAAAUAGAAAUAAAUGCACUUGCCUCUGCCGGAUUUCCACAUUGUGGGUGACUUCACAGCCGAUCAUGCACCCACAGGUUGUAGUGGUUAUUGUUCCAAGAGCAGUUUCUCAGUGUAAUAUGUAAAACUGUUUUGUAUGGUUUCACAAGUUACCUGGGUUGCCGCCACAUACCUUGCUUCUGGGAUUCUCUUUGUUGACAGUCUUGUUGGCUGUAUUUACGUGCGUGUGGCACUCUCCCCUAAUGAACAUGGUCCUGUACCAGCUUUGCUUAGCUAUUUUGAGACAUCUGGCUUCUCUUGCAGGAGAAGAUCAGCUUUGGUGCUGGUGACCAGGGAACUCAAUUAAGUUGUUAAAUUAAAAUGAUUUGAAAAAUUAAACUAAGAGGGUGAAAGGGACCUCAUGGCACCAUAACCACUACAGUGUGUUUUUAGUGGUUAUGGUGCCUAGAGUGUUUACUUAAUUGCAUUACUGUUAACAUUUAACAUUGUUGCUAUUCCUUGUCAGUGCUAUUAUAUAAUAUUACAGAGAAAGACAUCUGUGUUCAGAUGUGAGACCCAUCAUAUUUCAAUGCAUCUGUGAGCAAUGAACAAACAUUUCUGGGAAAGUAUUCUGUCCUUGUGAUGAAGGGAUACUGUGCUAAAAUGUUUUUUGGUUAUUUUUUUGCUCAAAGAUGCUCUAAAAAUAAACAUGGUCGUACUAGAACACACAGAUUACACCUUUUUCUUUGAAUUUCUCCCCUCACUUCCUUGGCUUUCCAUCUUCAGUUUAAAUUAGUUCCUAAUUCGAUAUCUGUUUUGGUUCAUUGUUUUUUGUUUGGUUGUUUUUUGGCACAUUCCUUCCUUUCAGUUUUCUUUUUUUUUUUUUUUUUUUUAUUUUUGUAGUGCAGGUGAGUACAUACCGCUUUUCAUGCCCCAACGGCAUAGAACAAAAAAUACAGGGUACAAAGCUUACAUGGUAUAAAAGCAUUGCGAUUGUCAAGCACUAAUUUUUUAAGGUAUAGUAACAGGUUUAUAAACACGCUUGUGUGAGUAGUCUAGUGUUCGAUUACAGCAUCAGCAUUCCUAGUAGGUGAGGAUUUCUAGAUACUUGGUGAAAUGUAAUAAUACAAGAGGUUGAUUUUAGACUAUUUCUGCUUUGUUUUGGAGCUGCUAGGUAAGAUAUUUCCAGUAUGGCUGCUUUGUCUGUGUGUGUGAUGUGCUUUCAGCCCCAGAGAGGUGAGAGCGGUCUGGGUACAGUGAGUUGACUACCUGGCAGUGAAACUAGAUAGAGGUGCGUUUUAACAUAAGGUGGGGUGAAGUGGGCAUCACUAAUGUUGUGUUCUGUCAGGUUAAAACAAAAUUGUGGAACAACGUGCUUCUAAGGCAGGAAAUCAAAGUGUUUUACAACUGGGUAUGGUCGGACUUUGGGUAGUCGGUACCCUGACUUAUCCCCAUCUCAGUUCUCUGCCCUUUAACCGAUGCCAUCCCUGGUGGCUUUGUAGCUGCUUCCCUCUGCUGGCAGUCGGCAGACCCACAGUGGCUCGUUGGGCCGUCGGUAUGUCUUCCAUCCCAGUCUAGGUGUGUGAUUAGGCUGUGGUCUUGGGUCCGAUCUUUCCACUGUUUGGCUGUGUUGCCGGUUUGCCCCUGGGAUCUGCUGGUUUCUGCUCCCCCUUGGCUUGCUCCUGUGUGUAUAGCGGCGCCGGCGUCUCUUGUAGCUUGUGUGAGUUAUCGGUCUGAGCGUGGGUCGGGACUUAGUGGCUUUAGGCUUGCCUGAUGGUUCCCUUGCUACUGGAUGCGCCCGCGAGGUUCUGCUUGGUGGCGGGAGGAGACGUUUCUUGUGGCGCCAUUUCUGUGCUCGUUUCUCCUCGUGGUGUGAGCCUUGAUUUUGUGAGCGUGUAGGCAGCAGUGGUGGUGAGUGUACCUCCGUGUCUGGGGUCAGUGCUUGUCGGUCCUCUAUUCUUCGCCAGAAUGCCUCGAAUAUGGCAUUCAGCCUUGCCAGAAUAUCUGGACCCUCUUUUGUGCCAGACGGCCCAGUUGCUAUCGGCACCAGUCUGGGGUGGAUGGGCCCUGUCUGGAUGUGCUGCUCCGUUGCUUGGGCGAACUCUCUUGGGACCGGGAUGACCCCCGCCGGUCCAUAGGGGGGGGAACGUGGGCUUUUUGUCGUGCUUACCGCCGUGGUGGACUGCAGGGAAGCGGCCACCUCCCCCGCGUCCGCCAUGCCUGUAGGCCGCAGGUAAUUUUCUGCCAUGUCGUGCCCAAAGUGCUGAUUGUUUGGUGUCCGCAUGUACCCCACAGUGGCACCUCACCAUUGGUGGCACUUUUGUGUCGGUUUGAUGCCCUACAGGCCUGGUUUUGGCUUAGUUCUUGCCUGCUGUUACAGGAGCUAUACAGUUUCGUGUCUGCUCGGCUCAGCGGUCAGGCCCGCCCCUUCCUUUCAGUUUUUAAUGUUUUAAAGCUAAACGGGAGUCUUCGGCAGCACCAUCCCCUCUGUGCUGCUUGAACGAAUGAGCGAGCUUUAGCCUGAGCAGCAAUGGCUGGCUGUGAUUGGCUGAGUAAGCUGACUGCUUUCAGCCUACUACACCGCCCAUGGCUGGUAUGAAUUGGUAUGGUUAGGAGAAAAUAAUCUCUGCCUUAGCCACACCUCUAACAGGAGCCAGUCUGUGGGUGGCCAGGGACUCUCAUUUUGUGGUAAAAUUCUUGAAAAUGGUUUAACACUGACUAUAGGGACAGUGUCAGGGUAAUCCAAGCACUAUAACCAAUUCAAUGAGAUGAAAUGGCUAUAGUGCUUACCGUGUCCUUUUAAGUAUUGAAUCAGACAGUUGAUAAAAAUUUAUUAUUUGGUAUGUAACCCCAUCAUGUAUCUAUACCGUUCAUGUACCUUAUACCACGUCUGUUGCUUUCCCAAUGCUUUUGUCUGAAAGCUCUGAGAAACCUUGGCACUGCUCAGAUGUCUAUUGUAGAGACAAGAGGUCUCCAUGGAGCUCUCUCUAAACAUUGAUCAUCUGUUCUAGUGUAAUUCAGUUUGUUGUGAGAACACAAGGGAGGAGGCAGAACCCGUCAUGUCAUACGCAUAAACCAGUACUCCAACUCCAUCAUUCACUGGGCAUAAAUAGCUCGUCUCUUCUUUGGAUCUUCACGUCCUACUCGUGCUCUGUGCCUUUCCACCACAUUGUCACAUAAACAAUACUUUGCAACCUUUUCAUAUGUGAGCGCGUAUAAGAAGCUUUUAGUAAUACAUUCUAUAACUACCUCCUUUGUUUUGGUGCAAUUGUUUUACUUUCUAUUGUCCUUUGUAAAAAGAAAAGUCAAAGUCCUGGCUCUGUAUUUGAUUUUUUUUUUUUUUGCUUUUUAAAAGCCUCUACAUUUUUCUUUUUGAUAGGACCUCUCUCCAGUUUGGCGUUUGAUGAUAUAUGUUCUGAGCUUCUUGCUUUUUGCUUUUUUAUUCUCCCUUGCGCCUUGGUCCUCAGAUGAUAGCAUGGGGGUUCAUUGGGUCAAACUGUCCCGUUCCCUGCUGACCAUCUGUCUUCAUCCUUGGGUGCUGGGGGAUGGUGAGAGAUUUUGACAAAUCUUCUUCUCUCUUUCAAUACCCUUUCUGUUCCAUUGAGAUGUUUUGGAGAUCCUGCAUGUGAUAAACUGGAGGACACCAUGCUCCCUCAUCUUUUCCACUGCUUCUAAUUUUCACACAAGUAUAUGCUAACUAGAAUUUGGUCCAACCAGAGCCGGAACAUUGCAAUCUGCUCAAUUCUCAAAGGAAUGAAAAAAACAGGCCGUGUUCAAGUAUUACAUUACAGGACAACUGUCUGUUCAAAACAAUUUUUUGAUAUCCUUUCAUCAAGUUUUGAAAGGAAAUAGUUGUUUUUCAAGCGAAGUAUAUGUGAACAAUAAUCUCUACCUUUCGGUAUAUAACAGGAGCCUUCAACCAUAAACAUGUACCUUAGUCAGACAGUAUUUGAAAACCCACAUUUAAUCUCUAUGGUCUUCCCUGCUUCACUCCCUGCACAGAAGCAGGGAGGACCAAAUGUCGGUUUUCAAACACUGUCUGACCCAAGGUGCAUGUAUAUAGCUGAGGAAUGGGUUGUUUAAUACAUCACGGUUUGUGGAGUUAAUAAAUAUAGGUUCAUUCAUAAAGUGAACCUAACUUCCCAAAUACCAAGCACUCCUAAGUAGCCUUUUACGGGGUAACAUUUCUUUGUUGCAUUCUUCAUAUUUUAUGAAUGCCGAGAUUACUUUCUUGGGUAUUAAGAUACCUAAAAAUAAUCAUUCAUUGUUAAGUUGAAUUUUAGAGAAAAAAAAAAAAUCAAAAAUACAAUAUGAUCUUUUAAAGUGGAGGCAUUACAAGAUCUCAUGCCUUGGUAGUAAGAUGGUGGGUUGGCUUAGCGUGCAUUUGCACGUAUUGUAAGUCUUCUAUCGUAAUUACGUCUUCAUCCCUGUUUAGUGGCUUGGGAGGGUAUAGAGGAUGCUCAGAUUUCCCCAUGGCGGGUAACGCCUUUAUUUAAACAAAAAAAAAAAAACCUUUCACAGUUUUACCAACUUCUCAAUGUGUAUGGAGACAUUUGGCAUUCCCACAUCUUUAAAAAUGGGGAUUUAAAAAAAUAUUUGCAAAUCCGCCACUGUUUGAUGGAAAAUGUCCAUGCAAAACUUGAUGGAAGGAUAAUUGGAUUUAAAAAAAAAUAGUUUUGAAGUGACAGACCCAUGGUCUUUUUUUUCCUAGAAUUGCCCCUGAUUGUAUCAUGGGAGCUUGUUGGUUACCAUUGACUGUAAAUAAACCAUUUAUCUUAGACAUUUGUUAAGUUGUUGUUUUUUUGUUUCUGUUUUCUUUUAUGGAGAUUUUGAGUUUUCUUCAGUUUUAACUUCUGUCACUUUCACCAGUUUUCCUCACUUUUCCAUUAUUUUCUCUUCUGUUCUUGCAGGCUGCAACUAAAUUUCCCUCCUAUCGUGGUGGUGGCCAGACACUUGACAUUUGGGACUUUUCUCUAGUGGCAUACCAAAGGUGCGGGCAACGAAGGGGGACAAGCCCUUCUCUUUGUGUGGCCUCCACAGGGAAGUUGAAACCACCAUGGAGGCCAUAGCGAAAUACGACUUCAAAGCCACUGCGGACGAUGAACUGAGCUUCAAACGAGGGGACAUUCUGAAGGUGAGUGAAAUCUUUGAGAAAUUUGCCAUGCUUGGUAUGUAGAACUGUUGAGUAUUGGUAACUUUUUAAAGAAUAUUGGAAAAAUUACAAACACAAAGUUACUGUAAAUAUAACAGUCAAGAAAGCCUCUGUGGCCCAGUGGCGUAGCAGAUUGGCAAUAUCUGGCUCUGAAUUAUCAUAAGCAUAUAAGCUUAGUGUGCAAACUCAGGAUGGUACCGGUGCUCCCUAUUGAAGGUAAUAAUGUGGGUUAAAAGACCAUUAAAGGCCCCCAGACCAAUUCUAGUAUGGACUAGGACACUAGCAUUAUUAACGCCAUAGUGUUCUUUUAAGUAGCCUAAGGCAUGCACAGUUAAAGGAACAUUUCAAUGCGCAAACACAAUUUUUUUUUUUAGAAAUGUCAGUUUGCAUAUAAGUUUUAUAAAAAAUAAAAUGCUAUUUAAUAGAUAUACCUCCAAUUAAAACAUUUGUGCAUUUAAUAAUGCUUUUUUUAUUUAAGGUAUAUUGAAAAACAGCUAGCAAAAGCUUCAGGUCUCUUGUUUGAAGUCUUUGCAAGCCCUCCCCUUCUAAACCCUACCAGACUUUUUGUGACCGGCCAAUCACAGACUUCCCAGUGCAGCUCAAUGAGAAGUACUGCUCUUUGCAAGGCAGGAGUUGCCUGACUCUUGAGUUCAGCUCCACUGAGCUAAAGAACCAGCAAGUAACAGGACCAGUUGCCUUGACAGCUGAGGGGAGUGUAACUUGGUUCAUUUAUAAAAGUUCCAAUUUCUGUUGAAAUCUGUACUUUUUCUCAAAAGAAAAUAUGAAGACACUCUUACACAUAAGCAUUUCAGCAAGCUAAGUUGUAACGGCACCCCCAGGCAUAAAAGGUUAAACCGCCGUUUAGUAGAUCUUCCCCUUCCAGAGACACAGGCACAGCUACUGUAGACACAAAUCCACCAAACCGGAGAAGCAUAUGAAUGCUGUAAACAGCCGAAUCGGAACCAUACGAAUGCUGUAAACAGCCGAAUAGGAAAAACCAUACGAAAGGUUUACACUCCUAGCAGUCGAACUGGAACAGCAUACAAUAAAUUCCACCCAAGAACGAGACAAAGCUCCAUGUUGAGGGUCAAGCAGUGAACAGUGAUCUGUGAGUACUCCUCCGGACAUCCCCAAGCCGAUCCGUUGGGAUCAGACUGUGUAUGCCGGCUUGGUUCUGGGGGAAUAUUGUGGCAAAACUAGCCACUUAUGACUGUAUUUGCAUAAAUGUGUUUCUAUAGCUUUAAGGUUGUUAGAACCAAGUGUAUUCAGGUAUCUGUAUUUCAGGCGAGCAAGAGCAUUCGUAUGCUGGCGGCAUGAAAGCAACCAGCAUUCAUACAGUAGUUUCACGAACAAUGAAUUUCAACACUGUUCGUGAAACGAAUAAACUACCGAAUGGGAGACCACACACAGGAGGUCGUGUCGCGCCCAUUAACCUAGUUAAGUGCUUUCCUAGGUGGCCGUCAUACGGCUACCGACCACACGGCGGUCGGCCAUCUUGGAUCCUUUGUUAGCCCAGCGGUAUUUGGUCGUCGAGCGCCUGGAACUAAAACCGGCUACUUGACGGCACGAAUGGACUUCCAGGCUGUUCGGGAGCCCCGGUAGUUUAUUCCCCUACAAUCAAUCGGUAUUUUAAAGGCAACUAGAAAAUAAUGUGUAUUUUGUGCGGUGUUCGGUUAGUUAUGCUGGGAUCUGAGCGGUAUUCUCACGAACUGUGCGCUCAGACCCCAGCUAUCUACCGAAUGUCCGUUCGUUUACAUAGAGUGAAUAAUGUGAAAGUUAUGUAUUUUAAUGUGAAAUAUUGGUUCUGCUGCACGGAGGGAUAAUCCACUUAACUGUAUAUUCUAGUGGGAGUAUCCCCCUCGUCCAGCAGUGCAUGAUGGGAGAAAUGUCCAGGUUGUUAAGUCCCCCAUGUAGUCCCCUACUGUACAACCCCUGGAAUGUCAGUAAGGAAACCCCUUUCAUGGGGAAUCCCAUAAAUACGGUGACCUGUGAAUAAAACCUCAGUUGACUCCCAGCCUAUGUGUCGUCUAGUUCUUGGGAGGGAAGGAUUCUUACAACGCUACCGGGAUUAUUGUAUGCUGUAUUUAUUUACCUGGAUUAUUUUAUGCUGUUCCUGUUACCCAGCGGUGAUACUGUGGAUUAUACUACCUCUCCGCUACAUAAGUGCUUUAGGGUUUGGAGUGUCCCAUUUAAGAAAUGGAUUAAAUUAUAAUUUUGGGGGGGGAAAAACCACAAGUUACAGUUCAUAGUGAAGUAACUUAAUUUAUAAUAAAUGUUAAUGAAGAUUACUAUUGUGCAUCACUAGAAAAGUGUUUUUUGUUCGUUUGUUUUGUUUUUUAAUCUUUAAAUAAUUUAAUGCUCUGGGCUUUCACCUUAUUGCUGGAGAGAAAGCAGAGAUCUGAAUUGCUCUGUGUCACAUAGAGAAGUAGACCAGGAGCUUCCUCAGGAUAGUCUAACAUAUAUAUUGGCAUACGUUGGACAGGAGACUCCAUUCCGGGCACCAAUUCCAAUGUUUCUGUUACCACGGCAACUUUCAAAAAUAAGAUUAGGUUGCAUGUAUAUAUGCUUUGCUCAUAACAGAAAAAAAGUGUUUUGUUUUUUUCUGAUGUGUGUGCGCGCCUGUGAUUGUUCGGUUAGGAGGCAAGUGUCAGCAAAAAAAAGUGUUCUGAUCUCGCCACAUGAUCUAUCAUUGUAUGAUUCAUCAUGAAUUAAUUUAGUAGGCUUAGUAUAGACUAGUAUCUAAAACUGUCUGAACAUGUAUUAAAGGAAGACCUUUCACAAAAGGGCUCAAGCAUUAUGUAAUUUUUAAAGAAAUUUUAAAUACGUGUUCGGGGGGGAAUUUGAUAUUUUACACUUUACUUAAAAUUUCUUGUAUUACUCUUUUUUUUAAAAUUACCUGUCUUCUCUCAUUAUUAAUCUGAAUUUCUAAACCAUUGAUUUAUUUCACACUUGAUACAGUACUGAAUUACUGCAGCACAUUAUAGUGUCUAUGGUGCUAUAAGUCUUAAGGGGCAUCCCGUUUGCUUUCCCCAGGUCCCAUAGUUUAAUCCCUUCUUCAUCGAAAUACACAUCUGCCUAAUCGGGUGGGGGUGCCUGCUGAAUUUUGGCACUAUAACCACUACAAUGAGCUAUAGUGUGGAUAAGGUGCUUAGAACAGUGUUACAAACUGGUGAAUCAUAUAGAGAGGGUUGUGUCUUCUCUAUCUCUCUCUCUCUCUAUCUAUCUUCAAAGCAAACACAAAAGGCAAUUUCUCUCAAAUCAAAGCAAACACGAAGAAAGACAAUUUCCUCCCAUUUCCCCCUCUACUCAUCAGCUUUUUGUUUUUUUGCUGCCAUGUUUUACGUGUAACUGUCUUAUUUUUUUGUAUUGUGUGCCCGGUUUAAUUUGUCCAAUUACCUCUUGGUUGGCAAGGGGAAAACCGUGUCAAAUUAUAUUGGUGGUAUAUUGAUGAUGGGUUCUUCAGAAAUGUUUUUUUUUUUGUUUGUUUUUUUUUCCUUUUCCUUUGUUUUUUUUUUUCUUUGAGGAGUUGAGUUCAGAUGGACUUUUUAAGGGUUGAAAGGGAGGGAGAGGGCUGGAAUCUCCUUUUGCAUGCUUUGAAUACUUAGGCGAGUGAUAAAUACACCAUGUGCUGAACUAGCAUAACACUGGCAACUGUACGAUAAGGGACUCUUAAAGAAAAAGUGUGAAAUCUAGUGUAAAGACUGUUAUCUGUGCAAGUCACACUUGGGCGAAAUUGCGUAAACAGACAGUGGCUUUCUGGCCAGACUUUUCUGCUAGCGUAUGUGAGAGGAGGGAAUGUAAGGGAUAACACCAAUAAUAAUAUGCCAAGUCACUGCUCACCAUUGUUUUGUCUAAGUUAUUGUUGCCGUCGACUAAGUUUUCAAUUUCUAUUUUGGUUGCCUGUGCAGUCGGCGUUGAUGUUGCUGAAUGCUUGAUUGACGUACAAGGCUGCCAUUUGGAUAUUGCAUAUUUGCAGUAUAGUACGAAGGCUAUACAAGCUUCUGAUCAUUGUCAAAUAGUACAUAGUGCAAUUGUGGUUUUUACAAUCUCCAUGAAGGAGCUGCUCUAUCCUGUGCACACCUCUCUGACCACAAUAGUAAUAUGCUUCAUGAGCAGUUUGUAUCCUGUUCUCGUAUCAUGGUUGUGCACACUGUCAAACGCUGUGUGCGUGUUGCAGAUGCAUAUUUUUUUUAUUUAAUCCCAUAUAGAACUAUAAACUUUCAUUUCUCCUUUUGAAACUUUUUAUUUUCAUUUUUUUUUUUUUAAUUUGCAGUAUUUACGGUUGUCUGUAAACUCUAACUGAGCUGAAAUUUUUUUAUUUUUUUUUUCGUUUUUUGUUUUAUCGGACUGGUAAUAGAGGAGUAAAGCGGCACACACUCAAAUGGUGACGUUAGAGAGGAAAAGGCACACUCACAUACUGGUAUACAGCAGGGUACACUAGGAGUGCACACAGAAAAAGAUCUUCUCACUUGCAAAGACUGAAAAAGAUAGAUUCAGUCCUUGUCUGAUUUCAAAUCUGUAAUUUUACUUGCCUCCAGACUUCUACUUCAGCUGGUGUUGAACUACGUCAUCCCUUGGCAACACCACUUACGUCAUGCUUGUGCACUUUAAAGAAAGCAUAAACCUUGUGUAAAAGCGUAACCAUACUGGGCAAGAUUUCCUCUAUCCCAAGUCCGUUCCCCUUUUCUAAUCUCCAUGCCGGGCGGCAGUCAUUGAUGGAUCCAUUCUGAAAUGACCUACCUCAAAUCUGCACUCUCUUUCCAAAAACUACAUAUUGUUAUAGUUACGUAUCAGUCCUUAAAUUCGUUUAUCCCUGUUUUUUCCCAUCUUUCCCAUUCAUCUGCAAAUGAAUUUCUAGAUGAUGGAGAGUCCGCUCACACAUGGACCUAAUGUAACCUAGUUUAUCUUGUUUUGUUAUCUUGUCAGGGGUUGACCCACGAGGAACCGUCACACAAUUUAUGAUCAUUGCUUGAAUCAAUAACAUGUUCCUUAUCAGUAAAGUUUGCAGGACCACUCCUUUUUCUGAAAACUCGUUUAUGCUUCUACUGAUCCUGCCAAAGUAAUAAUUGGAUAACUAGAAAUAAAUCACUAUGGCAAUUAAUUAUGGACUUUGAUACAUUCGACGGUAUUAGGUGGAGCUUGCUUGGCAUUCCCUAAAUCUAUGAUGUGAGAGCUAUAAAUUAUUUUAAAAAAAUUAAAAUGUUGUGUCUUGGCAGGUUUUGAAUGAAGAAUGUGACCAGAACUGGUACAAAGCUGAGCUCAAUGGAAAGGAUGGAUUUAUUCCUAAAAACUACAUAGAGAUGAAGCCACAUCCGUAAGUAUCAGCUCUACAAUGGAACAUCCAAAAUCUGUAUUAUACACUCCUCUACUUCAUUUUCUCUUUCUAAUGUCUCCAUUUGUUGGUUCUACGUUUUAAGAUUAGCAUUCUACCGAUUGCUUCCACUUUGUGUCUACUACCUUUUCCUCUACUUUGGAUUUUAAUCCUUAUUCUGUUCAUCCUAUUUUCCUCAUCCCCUUGCUGUGAACCAGUGCCUGUCUUUGGAGUUUUCUAUCGUAUUUAUUCCAUUAAAUAGUUCUGAUGUAUUUAUUAUUGUGUUGGUGGCACAGCUUGUGAGCAGACCCUGUGCGUAAACGCACAAUCCCAUCACUUUUCAGUCAUUUGUCUUGUCCUCAUUAAUGACAGAACAAGCCCAAGAAAGGCUGUUUGAAGCAGCAAUCAGACCCCUACCUGGCAAGGAAAGUGCUCCACCUAUCACAUGUGAUAGUAUCCCAUAAAUCUCUGUCCCACAGGAUUUUCUAGAAUAAUUAUUGUAUCCCCCACCUGCAGUUCCACUCAUCACACUGGAUGAUUUUAACUGCUCAGUAAACUGAUAAUAGCCAUAUUAUACUGCCCGGCUAACCGUUCAGUGAUCUGGGCUUUGUGCAGUGUGCGUGCGUCUGUCUGUCUGUUGAGAGCCAUCCUUCCUAAUGGUUGGACAAAGGUGACCAAUCAAAGGAAGUAGUGAAAACAACAACUUUGUUUGUUGUUAUAAGUCGCUCUGUCCAAUGAUAAUAGAGAAAAUCAGGCAAUAGUUCUUUUCAGAAGAGUGAAAUUCUAAACAGAUCAGUCACAACAUUAAAACCACCUGCCUAAUAUCACGUAGGUUCCCUAUCAAAACAGCUCUGAUGCAUUGAGGCAUGGACUCCACAAGACCUCUGAAUGUGUCCUGUGGUAUCUGGUACAGCAGAUCCUUUAAGUCCUGCAUGUUGUGAGGUGGGGCGUCAAUAGAUUGAAUUUGCUGUUCCAGCACAUCCCACAGAUGCUCAAUCGGAUUGAGAUCUGGAAAUUUGGAAGCUUAGGUAACAUUUUGAACUCUUUUUUUCAAACCAUUCCUGAAUAAUUUUUGCAGUGUGACAGGGUGCAUUAUCCUGCUGAAAGAGGCCACUCCCAUUAGGUAACACAGUCGCCAUGAAGGGAUGCAUGUUGUCUGCAGCAAUCUCUAGGUAGGUGGUACGUGUCAAAGUAACAUCCACUUGUAUGCCAAGACCCAAGAUUUCCUAGCAGAACAUUGCCCAGAGCAUAACACUGCCUCUGCUGGCCUACCUUCUGCCCCUAGUGCAUUCUGCUGCCAUCGCCAGGUAAAUAACACACACGCACCCGGCCAUCCACCUGAUCUAAAAGAAAACACAAUUCAUCAGACCACGAAACCUUCUUCUAUUGCUCUAUGGUCCAGUUUUGAUGCUCACAUUCCCAUUGACGGCGCUUUCAGUGGUAAAUGGGUCAUCGUGGGCACUCCGAUCGGUCUGCAGCAAUGCACCCCCAGACGCUGCAAACUGCAUUGCACUGUGUGUUCUUACACCUUCUGCCAUGGCCAGCAUUAAGCGUUUUAGCAAUCUGAGCUACAGUAGCUCUUCUGUGUGAUCAGACCAGACGGGCUAGCCUUUGUUUCUCACGUGCACCAAUGAGCCUUGGGCGCCCAUGACCAAAACCAAGAUUAGCAUAUCCACAGACUGGAAUUGUACUGUCCAAGUGCUUAUACCUGGUGCUGAUUACAAGCGCCAGAAGAUUGUAAGUGCAUUUCCUUACUUUGAUUUAUAAUCACCAGCAUCAACAAUACUACACCAUAUUCAGUUUUAUUUGUCCUCUUGUUUUGCAUAUCGCUCCAUCUUUAUUUAAGUUGAGGAUAUUUGUGAAGGCUCUGCUUCCCUGCAUUCCCUUUCUAUAUCUACCAAUGGCCUGAAGUAAGAGACUCUGGUUUGGGAAGUCCGAUCUGCCACACAGACAUUGAACAAGUGCUAGAAAUGCAAUGUUUUUAUUUACUAACCACUGCAAACCAGGAACACCCAUCGAGACUUUGCCGUUUUGGAGUUGCUCUGGGACAAAAGUCAGUCAGAUUGCUAGCCCAUUUUUCCUGCUUCCAACACAUAAAAUUCAAGAACUGUCUGUUCACUUGCUGCCUAAUAUAUCCCACCCCUUGACAGAUGCCAUUGUAAGAAUAUAAUCUGUGUUAUCACUUCACCUGUCAGUGGUUUUAAUGUUGUGACUGAUCAUUGUAUAUGUCAAAAUGGAUAUAUAAAGCGAUUUUGUUUUGUACAAAUACAAAAGUUCAGUUCUUUUUAUAAUGAACUAGUUAACAGUGAUCCUAUUUUAGUUGUUACAGAUCUGUGUUAACUACACUUUCUUUUGUGUCUUGCUUUUUCCUUUUCCUGAUAUCUUACUGCCACAGGUGGUUUUUUGGAAAGAUACCACGUGCCAAAGCAGAGGAGAUGCUCGGUAAACAGAGACAUGAUGGUGCCUUUUUAAUCCGGGAAAGUGAAAGUGCGCCUGGGGACUUCUCGCUAUCUGUCAAGUGAGUUCUGGCCGGAAUGUUUUUCUAAUCUCCAUGCUUAUUCUCCACCACUGGUGGAUACAAUAUUAUCUCUUACUGAGAGCUAAGUGGCAGAAAUUGCUGAUGGGUAAUGAAACGUGCAUAGCUUGUUAGGCCCAAGUGAAACUUCUUCUUACUCUCUCAUAGAUUCGGUAAUGAUGUACAGCACUUCAAAGUUCUGAGAGAUGGGGCAGGAAAGUACUUCCUAUGGGUUGUAAAGUUCAACUCGCUGAAUGAGUUAGUGGAUUACCAUCGGUCUACAUCUGUAUCCCGGAACCAGCAGAUCUUCUUGCGUGACAUCGAGCAGGUGCCACAGGUACACGGGGGAGAAAGAGCAACGAAUUUACCACAGGUAUAUAGAGGGGUGGGACAGCAGGAGAGCCCUGUAUCUGUAAUUCAAGACUUUUUUUUUCAAAUUUCCCUCAUCUAUACUGUAACCUAAUAAUUUACAGAUUCUCUGAAAGAAGGUUUUAUCACCAUCUUAUCUUUCUGUUUGCUUAUACAUAAUAUUCUUUAUGGCUUGUAUGUACCUUCCAGCCACUCGGUGGCAUUAUACUAUGCGUAUGUGCACUGUAUAGGCAACACUGCUGUGAUUCAGAUAAUUUUUAGUAGAUUAAAAACAACUAACUGAUCUCUGAACUUUUGUUUUCCCAGCAACCUACGUUUGUGCAGGCACUGUUUGACUUUGACCCCCAAGAAGAUGGGGAACUUGGAUUUCGACGAGGAGACUUCAUCCAGGUGGUGGACAACUCAGAUCCAAACUGGUGGAAGGGAACGUGCCAUGGGCAGACCGGCAUGUUCCCACGCAAUUAUGUGACACCUGUCAACCGUAACCUGUAACUAGAGCCUGCGAGGGACUGGCAGCCAAGGAGGAGCACAGGCAGACUGACCCGGGAGAGUGUAUGGACUGAUUUUUUUGGAGACCAGGGUGGUGUUCAGUAUGAAUUGAUAUAGAGAAGUAUGGACUGUUUAACUGACCAUGUGAGCAAAGACGUAUUAUUGACAAACAGGACCACCAGAGGACAGGGUUAGGGUGGACAUAUUGACAUGUAGAUGCACUAACAGACUGGUUGGAUAACAAAGUCAGACCCCAGAUUUGUCAAAGAGAGGUUAGGCGGGUUGGCUCUAUCACAGGUAAUUAGUUUGCUAGUUUUGUUAAGUUACUGACCAAUUCAACUGCAGCAUGACAUAUGGGGAGGGAGACUUAUAGACUUAUAUGCAAACUUGUAGACUGACCUGCAGAAACAGCUGUGAACACCCCCUGGUCCAUAUUAUGACGAGGCCUCCCAGGAGUCUGGCUGUGCUUAAUGCAUUUGCUUCAUCUUUUUGAGGGGAAGGGAAGAACCUUUGGCUCCGAAUGGAACUUUAUAUUGGGGUGGGAAGGGUUGAGGUUCUGGCAGGCUCAGUGGGGGGUGGGGGGGAGAAAUUAUGGAUGUUUUGAUUUAGAAUGCCAAAACUUACCUUUAAAUUAAAAACCCAAAACAAGAGACUUUUUUUAAUUAACAAAUUCCCUUCACUGCUGCUGUUCCUUCCCCAAUUUUAGCUCCUGCUUCACUCCUCUUCUGUCGUAUCAUGCAUGUGUGUUAGCAACGCACUGAAUACAAAACGCACCUGUAAAAUAAAAUGUGCAGAAUUGAGAGCUGCCAUUUUCAGUCAUUUUCUCUCUAUGCAAUUCUGGGGCUACUGGCAUUCAUGCAGAGAGCAGAUUAGUAAAUGCCACCGCUUCUCGGGACAGAUCCAAGGAUUUGCUCAACUUGAACGAGGAAGCUUGAGCGUAAGUCAGAUGGCUGCCAUGCCUGGUCAUCAUUUUCGCUGUUCAGCUGAUCCGCACCAGCUAGCAUUAUUUAUACAAUAUGAUAAUCUUCAACAUCUCCACUGAAAGGGGUAGCAUGUUAUACCUAAUCUGAGCAAACAUCGGUAGAUCACGUCUGUUGUAGAGGUACUAGAAGCAAAGUCUACAUUUCUGAAAUUGUUAGAAGAGAAAUGACACUGCUAAUCUUGAGAAAGUACAUUAUAAGGGUCUAAAAUUAAAAUAAUUUAAGUGUACUCUGACACUGAAGGGGUUAAACAUUUUUUUUUUCCUUCUUCCUCUUCCUUAAAGACUUACCUGACUAUUAAGUCCUGCACGAGACGGGAAAACUUGUCUAACCUACCUAGUUUGCUCAGACUUAUUUUUUACGUCCUGUGUCUCUUUUUAACCCUUAAUCUUCAGUGGAGGUGAGUUCUGUUCAAAGCUAAUGAUCCAGGGCAGAUCUUUUAUCCUUUAGACCACAGCAAAGUACAAAUUCUGCCACUAUACAGUAUCGCUUCGAAGUAUUUCACUUGUCAAGAUUCUUUCUAAACACUUUGGAAUGUUUUGCUUGGGAAAAAAGUAUUACUAUGUCCUCUGUACAGCUUUCAGCCUUAUAUUUGCAUAAUUGGAGCUCGACCAUUUUGCAGUAUGUAUUUAACCUCUUCAGAGACCUAUUGACUUUAGACAGGAGUCUAGGCCUUUAAGGUUUAGUUAUUCAGUGCUGUUCAUGUUAUGGAUUUAUGCUGAGAAAAAAAAAAAAAAGGUUUGGUUCCCUAAUUUUUCACAUUUUGAAAGGGGUUCCUUGCAAUGGUAACACAUUUCCCGCAGUGUAACAGCACCGGCAUAUGCUCUGUUUCUGCUCCUUUUUGCCCCUCUGUGUCUCGGUUCAUCUAUGUCCACUUCCUUCAGGUCUAUGUGAAUGGGCUAGGAACGCACUGGGACCAUAUGAUUGUGUAAUUGAGGGUUUGUGUAUAUCCUGCAACCUUGCAGAUCGAUAACUUGUGUGUGUAUAUAAAAAAAAUCAAAUCAGUGUUUAAAUAAUUAAGAACAGCUUCUGUAUUUAAUCUUCCAAUACAGCAUUUGCUAGAUAGAUAAUAACUGUGAAUAAUAAAAAUCAUGUGUAUUCUUCACUUGACUUUUAGUGACCUCAUUUCAUUUGUACGUUACAAUGAUCGCCCUGCAAAGCAUUUUGUGUUCCCAAAGAUUAGAACAUUCUGUUAAAAUAAUAUGAUUUACGUGACAAUUUCCUGCCUGUUGAUGUAGGAUUCUGUGUGGUGUAUUAUAUUAAAGCGACACUGUCACGUCAAACGUAACUUUAUCGUAUUGUUUCCUCUUCUAAUCCUAUGUCAGAAUCUGUUCUUCUUUUCUUUAUUUCUGAUCUAUGUUCC